CCCACGUUGCUGGGCCUGGUCACCUUGGUCCUAGGCGUGUGGCCCCCUGGGCGCCUGUCCACGUCGGUCGCUGGACCUCUGUCCGUGGCCUCAGGGCUCAGCUCUCCCGAUGCCGCCCUGGGAGCCCAGGCCUGGCUGGCGCCUGCGGGCGGUGGGAGAAGCCGGGCUCUGCCCGCGGGCCCGCCGUGGCUGUGGAGUGCAGGGCUCGCAGAUGGCUCUGAGGCCUGGGCCCGGCCUCCCCAGGUAGCAGCAGCGUUCGCCUCCCUGCCCCCGCCUCCCGGUUCUUUCCUUUUGCCGGCAAUGUGUCUGGACAGCGCUAGGGCUUUUCUUCGGGGAGGGGGUGGUAUUUAUUUGUUUGGAGGCGUUCCACACGGAGAGGAGAGACACAGAGGUCUGUCUUCCAUCAGCUGACUUAUUCCCCAGCCGGCCGGCGGAAGCCAGGAGCCAGGAGCUUCCUCCAGGUCUCCCACGGGGGUGCAGGGGCCCAGGCAGCUGGGCCGUCCCCGCUGCUUCCCCAGGCCACAGCAGGGAGCUGCACUGGUGGUGGAGCAGCCGGGACCCAGGAUGCCGGCCCGGCAGGCAGCGGCUCUCAGCCCUGUGUUUACCUUCCGGCUUGCCUUGUAAGGGAAGUGGCCCACCGCUCAGCUUUCUGGAGCUUGGUUUGCUUUUUCUGCUCGGUAGGUUCUAAGAGGUAUCCCUGUUUUGUGUAUCCCUGUUUUGUGUAGCUCCUUCGAUUUCCCGGCUGCAGUCCGUAGCCUAAAGGUUCCAGAAUCUACGAUGACUUCUCUCCCUGCUGAGUGCUGGGGCGGUCUCAUUUCUUCCUUCCUUGUCCCUUUGCUGGGUCGGCCUUGCUGCCCGGAAUAGCUCGUGUCUUCUCGCCCUGUGCACGAGUUUCUCUAACAUGGGUGCGAGGCUGGAGGAUGCUGUCGGAGGCGGCGAGCGUCGGCCGGAGGUCUCGCCCAGCCCAGGCCUUUGCACGGUCUGCCAUGGCUAGCAUGUGGUGCUGGUGGGGAGGUGGGAGUCGGAUCGCGCUAAGGAGCCCAGCACAGGUUCACGGCCCCUGGGUUUCCUGUUUUCUGAAACUCCGUCCGUACGUCUUGGCAUUUUUCUACUGGUCUUGUAUCUUUUCAAGUUGUUUUGUUUUUCCUGACAGGCAGAGUGGACAGUGAGAGAGAGAUAGAAAGGUCUUCCUUUUCCGUUGGCUCGCACCCCAAUGGCUGCUGCAGACGGCGCACCGCGCUGAUCCGAAGCCAGGAGCCAGGUGCUUCCUCCUGGUCUCCCAUGUGGGUGCAGGGCCCAAGCACUUGGGCCAUCCUCCACUGCACUCCCGGGCCACAGCAGAGAGCUGGACAGGAAGAGGAGCGACCGGGACAGAAUCCGGCACCCCGACCGGGACUAGAACCCGGUGUGCCGGCACCGCAAGGCGGAGGAUUGGCCUAGUGAGCCGCGGCACCGGCCUAAAGUUUUUAAACAUUAACAUUUUCACCUUUUGGAACUGUCCUGGAUAGCCGGUCCCUGUAACAUAUGUGCUGCAGAUAUCCUCCUAAGCUGUGCUUGUCCCUCGUGGAAUUUUUUGUGAGCAGAUGUUCUGAAUUUUUAUGCUAAAUUGAUCACUGAUUUGGUGGCUAGAGCUGCUUGUGUCUUGGUUGGGAAGACGUCUGCUUACCCCGAGGCCUUGUGGGUGGUCACGUUCUUUCCUUCAGGGUUCUCUGUGUACCCUGGGCACUGCUCCCUGUGUGUGCCGUGUUGAAUGCUGUUUUUGUCCGUUCCUGUCUGGCCAGGGAGUUGCCCCAGCACAUGCAGGUUAGUGGCCCGUGUGUGGUCAGUGAGGCAGCCCUCCCUGUCACGCCUCAGGCGUCCACAACUCGCAGGCCUGUGGCUGUGCCCUGUUCCUCCCGCCUGGCCUUUCCAACACGGCACUUUGAGUUUUUUUUUUUUUUAAUUUAUUUUCAUUUUAUUUGGAAGGCAGAGAGAGAGAAAAAAAUCUGAGAAACCAAUCUGUUGGUUGGUUCACUCCCCAGAUGCCUACAACAGCUGGGGCUGGGCUAGGCCAUAAUCAGAAACUGCAUCUGGUCUCCCACGUGGCUAGCGGGGACCCAGGCGCUGAACCGUCGGCUGUAGCCUCCCAGCACGUGCACGCGUGGGAGCUGGAAUCAGAAGUGGAGCCAGCUCUGGAAACAGCCACUCUGAUACAGGACGUGGGCGUCCACCCCGCGGCUUCACUGCUGUGCACCUCCUUUCUUGAGUUCCCCACUGGUAGGCUAAGAGCCCCCCUCCCCACCCCACUGCGUGCGAUCAGCAGCGGCCCUGGUUCCAGGAACUCGAGUCCGCAUUUGCUGUCGAAGAUGCCCUGCUCGUCACCCAGCAGGAGGCCAGGUGACGCCGUGAGGGUCGAAGCUCAGUGACUGGGCCACCCUCCCCCAUGGAAGCCUUUGAAGAGGACCGGAGAUGCCUGUCUGGGAGCCUCCCCGUGCCAGCCCCUGCGGAGAGCCCCGCCACACCGAGCCCCGUGGAUUGCCGGGCCCCGGCCAUGGCCCACAGGCACCUGAGCAGGAAGAACGGGCUUUCCAAGCUCUGCCAGAGCAGAACGGCGCUCUCUGGUACCGGCCUCCACCACCGUGGGCAUCGGUGCUGAAAACGGAGAUGUGGAGUUGCUCAGUGGCUCCUGCCCCCAGAUCCUUUGGCCAGCAGAAGGACAGGUGGAGCUCCUACUGCCUGUCGUCACUGGCUGCUCAGAACAUCUGCACCAGCCGACUGUACUGCCCGCCGACGCCCGAGCAUGCCGACCGGCUGGGCUCCUGCAGCAGCGCGUCCUGCUGCUCCCUGCUGCGCGGCUUCUCUGCCGGUUGGCCCACGCCCCUGCUGCCCACCCCCGUGAGCAACCCCAACAAGGCCGUCUUCACCGUGGACGCCAAGACCACAGAGAUCCUGGUGGCCAACGAUAAAGCUUGCAGCCUCCUGGGGUACAGCAGCCAUGACCUGAUUGGCCAGAAGCUCACACAGUUCUUCCUGAAGUCGGAUUCCCACGUGGUCGAGGCUCUCAGUGAGGAACACGUGGAGGCAGAUGGCCGUGUUGCAGUGGUAUUUGGCACCGUGGUGGACAUCGUCAGCCGUGGCGGCGAGAAGAUCGCCGUCUCCGUGUGGAUGAAGAAGGUGCGGCAGGAGCACAGCCUGUGCUGCGUGGUGGUCCUGGAGCCCGUGGAGAGGGUCUCAGCCUGGGUCUCCUUCCAGAGCGAUGGAACCAUCACAGCCUGUGACCGCCUCUUUGCCCACCUCCACGGGUUUGUGUCUGCAGAGGAAGUGGUCGGGCAGCGCAUCACAGACCUGAUUCCGUCCGUGCAGCUCCCUCCACCCGGCCAGCAAGUCCCAAAGAAUCUCAAGAUUCAGAGAUCUGUUGGCAGAGCCAGAGACGGCACCACCUUCCCUCUGAGUCUGAAGCUGAAGUCGGAAGCCCCCAGCGAGGCAGUAGACGAGGGCACCGCGGCCCCCGCGCGAGGUUUCUUGGCUUCUGUCUGGGUCUUCUGCACCAUCAGCGGCCUCAUCACCCUGCAGCCGGAUGGCAGCAUCUACGGCAUCAACCACAGCUUCGCCCUCAUGCUGUUCGGUUAUGGGAAGGCUGAGCUCCUGGGCAAGAACAUCACUUUCCUGAUCCCUGGCUUCUACCAGUACAUGGACCUUGCCGAUGACAGCUCUGUGCAGCUGCCAGACCUGGCCAAGUGCCUGGACAUGAGCAGCGACCGUGGACCUGGGGAGGCGCCCUUGGACCCCUGGCCAGCCUGGGACCCAGCCAAUGGAGCUCAGGAUCCGAGAGUUUAUGUCGCAACAGCUGGCAGCCACGUUCUGCCCCCAGAUGAGACCCUGAGUCUGGGAGACAGCCAGGAUGGCUCUCCUGAGACUCAGGCCCCGCUGGACGUUGGAGGCAAGCUCCUGCCCUCGCUGCCACCUCAGCCACCUCCUGGAGAGGACAGCAUGCCAACAGAUAGGCUGCCGGCCCCUGCCGCGCGGUCAUUGUCCACAGACGAGCAAAGCACCCAAGAAAGCCCACCGGACGCUGGUAAACAGCCAUUGCCCGAGAACCAGCAAAGCAUCCCAGGGGAAAGCCCACCAGGCCCUGGUGAACAGCUGCUGCCCAAGGACCAGCCAAAUAUCCAAGAAGGAAGCCCACCAGGCCCUGGUGAUCCGUCCCCUGCCGUGGGGAGGGAGGAGCCUGCAGCACCAGAGAGCCCCGCAGAGGCCCUUCUGCCAGAGAGCAGCUCAGAGCCAGCAGACGCAAAGCCGGCCGCAGCCUGUGAAGACUCUGAAACUGCGCUUGCAGCCCAGCGGUGGAGCAGCGACGUCAUGUGUGGCCCGCCUCGGGAAGUCCCACGGGACCCCGGGGGUCUCGGGGGUCCUGGUAGUCCUGGCAGUCCUAACUCCUUGGUGGAUGUCACCAGGCCUGAGCCCCGUGCUGUGGGGCAGCCAGCAGAGGGCGCUCUCCCCGCACACCAGCCUCGGUUCAUGAGCGAGUGGGCCCUGCAUAAGCCCAGCCAGGACUCGGCCCCCAGGCCCCCAGGAAUGACGAGUGUGUCUCUUGGGACGCCCACACAGGAUGAGCCGUGGCAGGGGGUGAAAGACGACCGGGAGGAGCUGCAGGCCUGCCUAAUUAAGGAGCAGCUGUGCCCACCCAGCUUUGCAGGAGCCCCAGACGUCUCCUACAUCGAGCUCAUGCCCAGGGAGCGCCUGGCCGUCCCCCUGCCCGUGUCCCGCUGCAGUCUGAGAGGCAGGGACAUGCACGGCCGUGCGGACAGCUCCUCGGCCCGCUACGCCCUAGCCACGGACCUGCCGGGUGUCCUGGAGCCUGUGGAGGCCCCGGAGCCCGGCGUGCAUUCCUACUCCUGGAACCUCAAGGAAGCCUUCUUCAGUGACCAGAUGGACCGAACUUCAUCACAUUGUUCCUGUGCUGUGUCCGAGCCCACGGAGACCCCCUGCCCCUCUGCAGGGGGCUCCGACUCGGACGUGGGCGGCCUCUCCAGGCAGGGGUCCGAUGUGGACGCCAGGGAGCUGUUGCUGCUGGCUGGCACGUGCUUUAGGCUUGGCGAGGGCCGGCGGUUCCAGGAGAGCCGCCGGACAGAGCCCUCGGAGGUCUCUCUGGUGUCCUCUGAGCACUUCGAAGUGAGCGACAGCGAAGGCCCCAGCUGCCUCCUUCCCACGUCAGAUGCCAGCUCUGAGGAGGCGCAGCCAGCAGCAGAGGAGUCGAGGCCAAGUGCCCAGGUCACCUCCACACCUGUGACGCCGGGCGCCGCCAGCCUGGGGCGGCAGAUCCAGGAGGGCACCUAUUCAGGGAGCUGCUACCACCGGGACGGUUUGCGGCUGAGCAUCCAGUUUGAAGUGAAGCGGGUGGAGCUCCAAGGCUCUGCCACCCUGUUCUGCUGCUGGCUGGUGAAGAACCUCUUGCACAGCCACCAGGACUCUGCCACCAGGACACGCCUGCUGCUGGCCAGCUUGCCCAGCUCCACGCACUCCAUGCCGGAGCUCCCCGGGCCCAGCCGGGGGGAGGUGCUCCGGGCCAAGCCGUGGUUUGAGGACCCCCCCAAGCCCAUGGAGCUGGAGGGGCUGGCGGCCUGCGAGGGAGCGUAUGCCCACAAGUACAGCACCCUGAGCCCACUGGGCAGUGGCGCCUUCGGCUUCGUGUGGACCGCAGUGGACAGGGAGCAGAACAAGGAGGUGGUGGUGAAGUUCAUUAAGAAGGAGAAGGUCUUGGAGGAUUGUUGGAUCGAGGACCCCAAACUCGGAAGAGUGACUCUGGAGAUUGCCAUCCUGUCCCAGGUGGAGCACGCCAACAUCAUCAAGGUGCUGGAUGUGUUUGAAAACCAGGGGUUUUUCCAGCUCGUGAUGGAGAAGCAUGGCUCCGGCCUGGACCUCUUCGCGUUCAUCGACCACCACCCCAGCCUGGACGAGCCCCUGGCAAGCUACAUCUUCCGACAGGUGAGGGCGAUGGAGCGGCCGGGGUCUGGGGGCCCUGCUGGUGAGCGCGGGACCGAGCGGCCGCGGGCACUGCAGGGACUGGGGAGCUCUGUUCUCUCUGGGAGCUGGUGCUGUCCUUGCUUUGGGAUUUUACGGAAUCAGAUAUUUUGAAAAGAAAAAUUUUUGGAAUCUUUUU